GGGUAUCUGUGGAAACAUCUGAUAUUUAUCUGCCACCGGCGGACGGUUCUCCCUCUCACCGACGCAGUUCAUUUUCAUUCCGACUGGUUCCGAAGAUCGAGCUCCCAUGGCCGCCUCCUCUGCCUCCGUCGCCUUACUCGGUGGAUCCCGUUUGCAGGAUUUUAAUGUUGGUCUGACAACAGUCGAUCAAAAUUUAUUCUCUCCAUCAAGAUUUGCCUUUCGAAGAAGAGAAAAUCAACUUGGUCACCUGAAAUUGAAUACAAGAUUGGCUGUUCGUGCAGGCCUCAAUGAAGAUACUCGAGGCGGUGGUGGUGGUGAGUUUCUUGCCGGUUUCCUUUUAGGUGGUGCAGUUUUCGGGACACUUGCAUAUGUUUUUGCAUCCCAAAUUAGGAGGUCUCUUCAGUAUGAAGACGAAUAUGGGUUUAGCAGGGCUAGGAGACCUGUAUAUUAUGACGAAGGCUUGGAGAAAACACGGCAGACGCUAAAUGCAAAGAUAAGCCAGCUGAAUUCGGCCAUCGACAAUGUAUCUUCACUGCUGAGGGGUGGCAAGAAUGAGAACAGCGAGCCAGUAGAAGCUGACCCAGAGGUCGAAGCCACAAUCUAGAUUCUAUGCUCCCUUGGUUAUUCACACAGUUCAGAGAGGUGCCUUGUUCAAUGGUUGUUCUAGUCUUCCUCAUAAUUCCAGGGAGGUGCCUUGUUCAUUGGUUGCCUUGUUUAUUGGUUGCUCUAAUCUCAAAACAGAAUGUGGUCACGAUAGCAAUGAUCAUUUGUUUGAUUAAAUUUGGUGACGAUCACUAGUUUUCUUC